CGGAGUGUUUUUUUUUGUUUUUUUUUCAGAGGCGCGCUGUCCUCAAAUUUAUGAAUACUCUGAAUACAUUUACGGUAUCAUUUUCAAGUUACAGUAUAAACAAAUGGCCAAACUUCAAACUUUGUUUUCCCUUGAACUGGAUAUUGACUUUGUUCAUGUGCAGCCGUCUGGUGUGAUCUGCAGGAUACCAGCUGUAGCAUUUCGACUGAUGGACUUUCCAACAUUACUGAUACACCAUGUGAGUCCUGCCAACAUUGAAAGAAUAAAAGACAGCAUCUUUACAUCACAUGGAGUUUCGCCUCCUACUCAGUUAAAAGAGCUGAAGGAUCACAGAGGGAACUUUGUUUUCAAGAAAGGAAAGUCUUGCUUGUUCAAAUCAGACAUUGAUAAUUUACUAGGGCAUCUGAAAAAUACUCCGCUGUAUGUAAUGAUUCUUGAUAUGUGGCCUUCUGUGCCAAAGCUUGUUGGAAACUGUUCCGUGUCACUGCAGAGUACGAUAGAGGACAUUGUUGAUGAUGUGGAGAGGACUGGUAUCUCUGUACCCACAGUCCAUGGUAGCAAAUACAACUAUAAGAUUUACAACUUGAUGGGAAGUGAAAUAGGAUAUGUUUCACUUGGAUUUAAGCUAUUAAGUCUUGGCGCUGGGUUAAUAUCCCAUAUUCCAGAAUCAUCUAUUAGCAAACCACUUUCUUCUAGAAAUAUUAAGGACAUUGAUGCUAUAGACAAUUCAGCUUAUAAAAGUUUGUCACAAGCUAAGUAUUCUGGAGAUGUUGUCCUUGAGGACUUGAAAGAAUUUCCUGAUGCUGAACUUCCAAAAGAAAUUUUCUCAUUAAAGAAAGAAAAUAACCAAGUACCUAAGGAUGUAAGGUCCUCAUCGACUCAAACUGGACAUAAACUGGUGAAAUCUAAACAAAAAAUACCUGAUAAGUGUGUGUUGGCUCAGGUGUCAGCAGACCAAGAUAUUAAGGAGGAGGAUGAUGAAUUGGGACUUUUUGUUUCAAAUACAGUAUGUCCACCACCUCUCUUUUUCAAUUCCAAGUGUGAUGAUCGAAGUAACCAAUCAGACCACUUCUUAAGUAAAAAAGUGUUUGAGAGAUUGAUACCUGAACCAGAAGACAGUGAAGACUCUUUCUCUGACACUUGUGUAGAAACACGGUAUGUGUUUCCUCCAGAUAGUCAGCACUCCGUCGGAAAGGUUUGCAAAAAACCACAUCAUAAGCUAUCAGAUUCAGUUGAUGGCAAAACUUCAAAUACAGAACAUCGGAGUGUUGCUGUUCAGAGCUCACCAGAUGUCAGGACAAUUACAUCUGGUCUCAUUAAUCAGAAUCUGCCAAUAUUAGCUGCUCUCUUGAGAGAGCUUUCAGUUUUACAGUCUAAUCGUACAGCAAAUCUUCAACCACAUCAACAAAAAAUAAAUACACCUCAAGCAGCUGUAACACAUAGAGAGAAUAAUUUGGUUGAAACUGAAGACAAACCAGAUAACCCAAGAGCAAUAACUACACUGAAACAUGUUGAUGAAUUAAAGAAAAAGUUACCAAACUACCAAAGUGCCAAAUCAAGUAAGAAAAAAAUGAAAUUAAAGUUUGGCAUGACACACUCUCAGAAGCUAAGGCUUCAAAGAAACAAUCCAGACCAUUUGAAGGUGUUGGAAAGGGAGGAGUCCAAGCAAAAGAGGGACAAACAGGGGAUGAAUUUGACUUACAAGACACCAAGAAAAGCAGCAGAUAUUCUGACUGAAAUACAGAGGCAUCCAAGUACUCUACGGGAACCAUUAGUGUUGGAUGUGAGUAAAGGAAAGCGGCAGUUCGAUACUUCAUCUCCAGAAACAGAAGGCAACACAGAAAAUAAUGAAUUCAAAGACCCUUCCAGGCAGAGGCUUACACAUACAUCAGCCAGACAGAGGCCCAUACCUGCACCAAGACAAUCCAAGGAGACACCCCCUAGUAGAACUGAGGAAAUGGAAGCAGUUCAAGAGAGAGAAGAAAUUCAGGGUUAUAUGAGUGUUGGUAAUAAACAUAAAAACAUUGAUCAGAAAUUGUCUCAAAAUGAAGAGGAAGGUACUCACCAUAAUUCCAAAGAUGGAAGUGAGACAAGUAGUCGACAUAUAGAGGUACACAUACCAAGCGUUUCAAAUUACACCAAUGAGAGUGACUCGGAUAGAACCGGUAACUUUUCCGACCAAUCAGAAGAAGCUGAUAUCUCUGUCAGUCAUGUUUCACCAAAGAAAGCCAUAGACUUUCCAGGAUUUCCUAAUGUAUCUGAGUCUAAAAACUACCAUGAUGGAGAAAUGAGAGACAAAGAGCUUGUAAAGAAAAAAGGACAAAUUGAGCAUAAAGGCAAUGUGAAAAUGGUCAAUAAGAAAUCCACCAGUCUGGAAGAAUUUGAUAACAAACGAAGGAAAGGAGUUGAGGUCUUAACAGAUCAAGACCCAGUAAUACAAUCAAGUGAAUUUGAGCAUACAGCUGAUAAUGAAAUACUUGAGGGAGCACAAUUUGAAGACUCUUAUACACCUGAUUUUGACAUUGAAGACACUGAUGAUAUAAACGAUAUAGUGGGGGCCAGCAAUGUUGGUGUAUUGGAAUUUGCAGAUUAUGAAGGCAGUUAUUCAUAUGACUUCGACACUGAUGAUCAAUCAAGAGGAAAGGAUUUCAGACCAUCUACAAUGGAUAGUGAUCAGGAUGAGGAUAGUCUUGAUGAAUCUCUUAGUUCCACAACAUCAUCAGGAAUAUCUGUUCCAAGUCAAAGAACUAUUCCAAUGCCACACAGCAGUAAACUACAGAGAGGAAGUUUAGCCAUACCCAAGCCAACACUCUCUUCUAAAUCUCCACUACCAAACAAAAAGACAUCAGGGCAUACCGGUAGUGGCAAUCUUUUCUCAAAGGCAACCAGGACUGGAGAUUCAGCUGGUGGACAGAAUUUUGAUAUGUCUGUGGACACAGUGGCAACAAAAUCAAGUGUACGCUCUGAAUUUCUGACUGGUGACUCAGACAUUUUGCAAUCAAUGUCAGGGACAGCUAGAACCCGUUCCAGUGAUGACCUUGAACCUUCAUACUCUGAUUUACUCACAGAUGGCAGCAGGGAGUUCUAGAUGAUUAUGUCUUGAAAGGAAUCAUUCAGCUAUGAAAUCUAUCAAUGCUGGACUUUCUAUUUCAUUGUUCUUGGCAGCUUGACCACAAUGUUAGGGUCUGUCCACAUAUAUGGGCACAUCAAAUAAAUCUGUCCACAUAAAAUUUAAUAAUGGGCUGUUAUUACAGAGUGAAAAUGAAUCAGUUAAUGAAGUAAACUAAAAUUAUAAUAUUAUUACCGUAGGUAAAUUUCUUUGAUACUAAACCAAAACUUGUUUAUCAAAUUGAAUUUUUGUAAUUCCUUCCUAUUAUUUCCUGUGUCGGAUCCUGUAUGUGUCACAGAAAAUAUUUUAUUCAAACUCAAGAAAGCAUUGAGCAACUUUUAUAUUAAUCAGUUCAUGCGGUGAUAAGAUUUGCUUGUGUGGUCAGUGGCAUAUUCUUAGCUUGCAUAGAAGAAAUCGUGGUUCUCCAGGUUUCCCCACCCCAUUGGAAAUUUGCUGGGAAAAAAAAAUGGCUGAAGUCAGUUACAAGAAGUACCUCAUGUCACAUUAUUUUUCCAGCUAAAUCCCAUCAUGUAAUCAUCGAGCCCCCUCCCCACCACCACCUCAGUACUCCAAGCUUUGUCAGUGCCCGUGGGACAGACUGAAACAUUGAUGAAAUUGUGUAAUUUAAUGCAGGGGUGGCACCAGUGUUCAGUGGCGUAACGCCGGAUUUGGAGGUCAUGCGGCUUCAUGAUACUGGGGUCCCCGAACAUUGGCCCCGCAAGGGUAACCAGAGCCAUUUACAGGAUCUUAGAAGGCCUAAUAUUCGAUUUCAUAGACAUUGUGUAUCAACCAAUACAAUACAAAAUACAAAAAUUUAUUAUUGAACAAUUUGACAUAUGAAGUUUUAAAACUACUUAUAAAGACAAUUGACGAAAUAAAACACAGCGAGACGGAAUUCGGCGCACAAGUUCUUUUAUUUUGUCAAUUCACUGUGUUAUGACUCUCGUAUGGUGAUAUAACUUGUAAUUUUAAGCAUUGUGUUAUGUAAAAUUUGUAAGCGUUUCAGACCUAUAAUUAUUCCUUACUUGUACCUUGUACCGUACGAGCUCAUAACAGACAAAAGGCUAAUCUGGUUUGCCGAAUAAUUUAUGUUAAUACUGUGUAUACAAAAUUGUUAGGCCUGCAGACAAAGAAGUCUAGGAGAAAUAUUGAACGAUUUCAGUUAUUCUGCAUGGCCCAACAGAUACAAUAAUAUCUUUUGUAAUAGUGUAGAGUUAAUGUCGAAAAUAGAAAUUUGAAGUAUUAAUAAUAAUUUUUU